AUGAUGGGCUCCGUGCUCCCGGCUGAGGCCCUGGUGCUCAAGACAGGGCUGAAGGCGCCGGGACUGGCGCUGGCCGAGGUCAUCACCUCCGACAUCCUGCACAGCUUCCUGUACGGCCGCUGGCGCAACGUGCUCGGGGAGCAGCUCUUCGAGGACAAGAGCCACCACGCCAGCCCCAAGACGGCCUUCACCGCCGAGGUGCUGGCACAGUCCUUCUCCGGCGAAGUGCAGAAGCUGUCCAGCCUGGUGCUGCCGGCGGAGGUGAUCAUCGCUCAGAGCUCCAUCCCUGGCGAGGGCCUCGGCAUCUUCUCCAAGACGUGGAUCAAGGCGGGCACCGAGAUGGGCCCCUUCACCGGCCGCGUGAUCGCCCCGGAGCACGUGGACAUCUGCAAGAACAACAACCUCAUGUGGGAGGUGUUCAAUGAGGAUGGCACGGUGCGCUACUUCAUAGAUGCCAGCCAAGAGGACCACCGGAGCUGGAUGACCUACAUCAAGUGUGCACGUAACGAGCAAGAGCAAAACCUAGAGGUGGUCCAGAUCGGCACCAGCAUCUUCUACAAGGCCAUUGAGAUGAUCCCACCCGACCAGGAACUGCUGGUGUGGUACGGAAACUCACAUAACACCUUCCUGGGGAUCCCUGGUGUGCCUGGGCUAGAGGAGGACCAGAAAAAGAACAAGCAUGAGGACUUCCACCCGGCGGACUCGGCGGCGGGCCCCGCGGGCCGCAUGCGCUGCGUCAUCUGCCACCGCGGCUUCAACUCGCGCAGCAACUUGCGCUCGCACAUGCGCAUCCACACGCUGGACAAGCCCUUCGUGUGUCGCUUCUGCAACCGCCGCUUCAGCCAGUCGUCCACGCUGCGCAACCAUGUGCGCCUGCAUACGGGCGAGCGCCCCUACAAGUGCCAGGUGUGCCAGAGUGCCUACUCGCAGCUGGCCGGCCUGCGCGCCCACCAGAAGAGCGCGCGCCACCGGCCGCCCAGCGCCGCGCUGCAGGCACAUUCGCCCGCGCUGCCCGCUCCGCACGCGCACGCGCCCGCUCUCGCCGCCGCAGCCGCCGCCGCCGCCGCGCACCACCUGCCGGCCAUGGUGCUGUGAGCGCGCCCGCGCCCUCGCCCGGCCCCGCGCGCUCCCGGGCCCUCGGCAACCAGGCCCCGCAGCGCGACUCGCCCUCCCGCCCCGACCCCCGGCCCGGCGCCCCCGCGGAGCCCCGCGCGCUGGGGGUGCGCCCCGGAGACGUACCCCAGGCACCCCCGCCUCGGCUCGUGUCGCAGAUGAGGACACUGAGGGCGGCGUCCCUCACCCAGGUCACGCAGAUGGUGCGGCUACUCGGCCGCUUCCUCUGGGAGGGGGUCCCCCAGCCUGGCCUAGCCCCCGAAUCUCCCUCCUGUUGUAGAACCGGGCGUCCAGACCGGCAUCCCCCUCGUGGGUGCCAAGAAAGCGAAAUUUAGCGCCCCGAGGACCCCUCAGCAGAGGAAGGGGAGUCCCCACCUCCGCCACCGAGAGUCCUGUGCUUCGGAAUGAAGGGAGGGCGACCUCCUUGUCCGGGUGCGGCCGGGCGCGGGACUUGUGGGGGCGCCACCUCCUCUUCCGGCCCCUGGGACUGGUGUCCUGAAGUGUUGGGAGUCUUUACGCAACCUUGACAGGUGCGGGCUACUGGGGUCCAUCGGCAGCCGGAAGAGACCCAGAGAGACCUGCAUCUUUGCAGUGCACCAGGCACGUUGAAAGUGGAGGCACAACGGAAAUCCUCUGUAGGACCCCAAGCAAGACCCUGCACCUCUCUGGGCCUCAGUUUCCCCAUCUGUAAAAUGCGGGAGUUGGACCAAUGCCCCCUCCCCUUCAGCUGUGACAUCAUGCCUUGGAAGGCGAAAGUUCCCCCCAACCCCUUCCAACACACACACCCCAGCGAGAGGAGGGCAAGACUGGAACUGCUGCCCGGGAGGUUAAGGUGGCUUCUGUGGCCAGGAGGCACUUCCGAGCUGUGCCCAGUCCCAGGAGUUCCGCCCUGUCUGCCCACACUUCCCUCGGUCCCUACCCGUUUCCUCAAAUUCUGGCCGUGCGCGCCCUCUGGUGUCGCCUCUCACACUUUGCAGUCAUUUACCAGGAUUCCCGUGGGGCGUUUUGUAAAAUAAACUAUAAUAUUAAUGAAAAGUAUAAAAUGUAUAGAGUUUUCAAGACACUGUGUUCUACUUCCAGAAAAUGGUCACUUUAACCUUGUAAAUAUUUAUCUAAAAUGAUAUUUACAAAACUGUGAUAUAUUAUUAUUUGAUUGUAUAUGUACAACUGUAAAUACAUUUGUACCUCUCUUGUAUUCUAAAAUAAAAAUUACUUGGAACAUUUAUCAUUUAGCAUCUGAA